GCAAAGACAAUGCAUACUUUGAGAGGGAAAUUAUUGAAGCGGUAAAAUUGAUUCUUGACAUCGUUUUUGGUAAUGCAUCAAAAUGAUUACAUGGAUAUUUGCUUACAUAGGAACCAUCAAUGGCCAAUAGUUAAGGCUACUUUCUUUUCUUGAGCCGACCUUCUACACCUUGGUUAAAGGUAACCAAAAAGCCCGCACUUUCUUUGAAACAAACACCAACAACAAGAUUUCCCAAGAAAGCUGAGUCCAUCUCACGUUAACAUCGAGCCGAUCAACACACAUUACUGAAGACUUUCCUUACCUCAAGUCAACAACAAACAAACAAACUGCUUCAGCUACAAUCUUAAUCUGCUUUUUUAUAAUUAUUAUUCAGUUUCCUUCUUCUUUAACCACCAACAUGCAUGAUACUUGUUAUUUGAAACUGAGUUAAUUGUAUCUUUAAAAGAUUCAGAAUUUUGUGCAAAAGUUUCCCGUUCGAAAGCAAAGUGUUUCUCUUUUGAGAAAAAUAGUGAAGCCAAAUUAUUUUGUCCAAAUCGGGUUAGCUUAACCUUGCCAUUUCUUGCCCUUUCCUCUCUCUCUGGAGAUACACGUGAUUACUCAGUACACCUGAGUUUGGAUUUUUCCAUUUCCAUUGGCUUCUUAUUGGCUACUUAACUUUUGACCAAACAUCUUGUUUGACCUUUGACUGUGUUGUGUUUACUCUUGACUCUGACUCACCUGUUUGGUGUGUACCUCAACUCUUUACCCUAGAAGUGACCUAUGCGAGUGUCAAUGAUGGUCAAUUUAAUUAAAUUAGUGCUUCUUGUGAUUCUCUUUCAAUCUUAUGUAAAGGGUCAACUUUCACCAACCGAUGAUUAUGAUUCCUCAUUAUCUAUUACAACUACUAGUGAACCAGAUCUGGUUUAACAUCAACAUCAACUGUGAAACCGCCAAUCGUUAGACAGGCCAGAACAACAUCAACACCUUCAAUAUCUUCACCUACAAUACUUGCAACUACAACACCACAGUCAGAUGAUAUUGUAACUUCUACCUCAAAACCAAAUUAUGUCUCAGCUGAGACUAGUGACAUUGAUCCAGAAAACAAUAAAGAAGAAGUUAACACAGAAGUUGACAAAGAACAUGAUACAUCAUCAUCAGUUACUGUAAAUCCUAUUAUCAAGAGUAUCGAGAAAAAAGUAAAUGAUUCAGAAUUGAUCGAUUCAACUCCAUCUCCAAAAGAAUUGCCCAAAAAUGAAGGAAAACUUGAAACUGAAACAUCGAAACCUGAAAAAAACAUGCUUGAGGUAAUUUCCUCAACCAUCUCAGAUGAUAUUGAUGAAAGUCGUAAUGAUCCAAAAACAACACAAAAUCCAGCUGAUAGUUUAGCAUCUAAAUUAUCAACUGAACCUCCAAGCACAUCUACUUCUACUACACCAAAUCCAGAGCCAUCACCAGGUUACCUUAACGAUGAAGGAUCAAUGCCAAAAGAUAGUCCAGAUAAUCGCGUAAGUCGAGCUAAUUCAGCUCUCCUCAGUAAUGAUGGAAAUAAGAAGGCGGAAAAAUGGUUAAAUGAUAAAAAAGACCCAAAAGAUAGCGCUGAAACGACAGAAGAAGGUGAUAAAAGUGAAAGUAAAGAAUCACUGAAUAAGCCUGCAGCUGAAACAUUAACCGGAUCAACUGAAUCAUAUGAGUUUCCGGAAGAUGACCUUGAUAACCUUACUUUGCCCAAUUUCGAGACAAACUCAGUUGUUGAUAUUUUAAAUGGCAAUGAUUCAACAAAUGAUCCCGAAGCACCAGCAGUUAAGAGUUUCUCUGUUGAAGGUUCUUCUGGUUCUGGUUUGCUAAUCAGAAUCUUUCAAGGACCCGAUCGCUCAAAACUACCAGUUGACUCCAAAGCCGAAGAUAUUUAUCGUUACAUUUCAGGAAUAGUCGACAAUGAAACAUCUCUUAUCGCUAAAUCAAUUUUACCACAUGUCGUUGAACUGGGUUUCAAAGUUCGCAUUGAUGGUAAAUGUUCCAGAUCCAUUUUGGCAAUUUCCAACGGAGUUAAAGCUAAAAAGACUUGGGCUUUCCAAUUUUUGGAUUCUUAUGGACGACGUGAAGAUGGCUUUUUGGCUGGAACUUUAAGUUCUCUCGGCAAUUUUGACCAAUGCUUAAAGAUUCGAGCUACUGAUGAUGCCAUUUCAGAAGAAGACGAAUUCUCUGGAAAAUAUUGUUUAGCCCAAGUAAAGCCACCUUUACCUGAACAAUCAAAAGACGGAAGGUUCACCUUCAAAUCUUCUUUACUUAACUAUGCUGGCACAGAACUGGAAAAUACGUAUCUCGAAGAAUGGGGUUCAUUCGCACACGAAUUAUAUUCCAAUGCUUAUACAAUCGGAAUGUGCAUACCAUCAACCUGCCAAUCAAAGGACAUUGCCAAAAUAUUGAAUGAAUUGGCAAAUCCAUUUAAUUUCACGGUCACCUUCAAUGCAAGAUGUACACCAGAAACAAAUUAUUGGGAAGCUCAAUCACCUCCUGAAUAUGCUCUCUUCAUUUUGUGCCUUCUUGGACUAAUGGUUGGCUUUGGAACAGCAUAUGACUUUUAUAUCAGGAAAAAGGAGGAAAAUUGUCUGGGACGAUUAUUCGCUGCCUUUUCCAGUAUUUCAAAUACUCAUGUUUUGUUGGGUCACAAGAAGGGUGAAACAAAGAAGGAAAAGCUGGCCAAGGAGAGACAAAUGUUGGCUGGUCAAUCUCUAUCAUGGAUUCACGGUCUUCAGUUUCUCUCAGUCUGUUGGAUUGUGAUAGCAAAUGUCUAUCAACUUGGAGGAUUACCAAUAGCGUAUCUUUUAAAAAAUCUGAAUAUGGAUUUCAGAUCACAAGGAGGAUCCCUUAUGUUCCAAUUCAUUUUAAAUUCAUGGGACUACAUGGCUGAACUGUUUUUCCUUUUAAGUGGAUUCGUGUUUUGCCUCGGCUUAUUGGGAGCUCGAGAAAGGAAACGUUGUCCAACUUUUGGUCGUUUCUUUAUCCGCCAAUGGCUAUCUUUUGCACCUUCUAUCAUCGGUGCCAUCUUAAUUACUCUAAUUGUUUUCCAAUGGUCAUGGCAAGAUGGACCUUCCUUUAGUAGAGCUGAAAAACUAAUCGUUGAACCAUGUAACCAAAAUGGAGUUGCUAGUAUAUUUUUAUUCAACAAUUGGCUUCCAGUCAAAGAUAUGUGUUUACCUCAAACAUGGUUCCUAAGUGCUCUAUUCCAGCUCCAACUUAUUGGCUUCAUGGUUAUCUUGAUUAUCCACCGAAAACCCGCUCUUGGAGUUACUUUAUCGCUCCUACUCAUUUUACUUGGAAUAAUUUUACCUGGUUUACUUACCUAUCAAUAUAAUUUACCACCAACCAUGCUUCUCAACAAUCCUAACAUCCAGCAACUUCGCGAUGACCUUUCAAUACAAUAUUUUGCAACUUAUAACCACCUAUCAUCUUACUUUGUUGGAAUCCUGUUGGCUUAUUUAAUUUACAAGAAACCUGCAAAACCAAUAAUAAAUAAGGGUCUUCGCUUUGCUAUCUGGAUUGUUCUUGGUGCCAUAAGUUUAUCAUCAAUAUUGAUUACCUGUAAAUGGAAUGGAUUCAAAGACAUUCCCAAUCAAACUUCAUCUAUCAUUUACUCAGCAUUACACCGAAUUGCGUUCAUUUCAUUCUUUAUCUGGCUAACUCAUCAAUUUACUUUCAAGCAAGGAGGAAUCGUUGGCCGUUUCUUGUCGUGGAAAGCGUUCAAAACACUAAAUGGUCUUAGCCUUCAAGUCUAUUUGGUCCAUUUGAUUAUCAUUUGGAACUAUUUCCUCACAAAACGUGAUUUAGUUGAUUAUCGUAACUUUGAGCUGACUGUAGAUUCUUUUGGAAUAAUAUUAGCCAGUUUGUUCUGUGGUUAUCUAAUGUAUUUGUUCAUUGAAGCUCCAUUCCAUCAAAUAACUGCUGGUUUUGUUAAAUGUUUAUUUGGUUGUGACCUUAAAUCACGUCUUCGUGAAUAUGAAAAUGAAGCUGACGCUAAUAUUGGCGACUCAAUUGGAGAAGAGAAGAAAACUACAAUUGAAGAAUCUCUUUGUACCGUUGAUGGCUCUACAUUAGGCAAUAACGAAGUCCGUAUUGAAGUAUCAUCGCCAACAGAGGAUAACUCUCAAGAUAAACAACAGUCACAAUUAAACACAGAAUCUAAAAAUGAUCAACAGUCAAAUCAAGAGCAAAUUUCAUUACAAGAUCAACCACAGGCACCAGCAGGACCUCAAGCACAACCACAACCAAAUGGUAUCAACAACAAUGGAGUGGUUAUAAGGCUUUAAGAGAUGAUAAUUUGCCUACAAGAAGAAUGUAUAAAUACAAUAUUGAAAUACAAAAUUAAGUCAGUCAAAUCAAGUUAGAAAUUACAAUACAAUGGAUGUGAUUGUGACUUGAAAAGUGAAAUCGCCGUGAUGAAUACUCUUCUUGAUAAUUUAAAUACUUCAGACCAAAAGGCCAACUUUAAAUAUUUAAUCAGACAACGUAAAGAUCAAAAGUGGAUUGAAUGCUAAAAAAAGCCACAAAUUUUAAAAGAAAAAUUGACUUCAAUUGACAAUUCAAAUUUGCAAAAAUUCUAGUUUGAUAAAUAAUUUGCUACAUUUUUUAUUUUAAUUAUUAUUAUCACCUUUUAUAUAUAUCUCAAAAAUGAAUUGUCCUGUAUUUACAACUAUAGACAGCAAAUUGUCACAUCGGGAAUGUGAAUGUAUAUGUUGUUAUACCAAAUUUUUUCUCAUCAACUAAUUUCAAUCAACAAUUCAACUCGACGUAAACAAUUGAUAUGAAACAAUCUUUAUGAAAAAUUGAAUGCAAAAGUAAAUUUAUUGACAAAAUUA